CUUUCCGUCUCUGUUGAAGAGACUCUAUUUUGAGUGUCUUCUUCAUAUCAGUUACACUACAUUUUCUUUCAUACUUUCCGUUGAUAAAACGAACUGCCCUAUUCUGGAUUUGCUCUAAUUUAUUGAUGAGUGUUUGAGUAUGUGGAUCCCAUACUGAUGAACAAUAGUCAAGUAUUGGUCUGACCAUUGUCUUGUACGACAUUUCCUUGACAUGUGAUGGACAAGAAUGCAAGUUCAUUCUCAGGAAACCAAGUAUUCUGUUUGCCUUGGAGCAGACUCUGUCUACAUGAGAAUUCCAUGAAAGAUGAUUACUUAUAUCUACACCCAGGUUGGGUUCCCACUAUUGCAACAGGACUAAGUCUCAUAGGGGCUGUACUGGCGGAUGAAAUCAUCAAGAAGACUUCUCAUCAGCUAGUCGCGUUCAUGGGAGUAUCUCUAUGCUUUAGCGCCUGUCUCGUCACCUCAGUGAUGCCCAUCUAUCCUCCGAUGAUAUUUACGUUCGGAAUUUUAUAUGGGUUCGGUUCGGCCUUUUCCGUAACAUCAGGAAUGGUUGCCAUUGUUGACUGGUUCCCGAAAGACUCCUGUUCGAGAGCAACUGCUGUGGCAGUAGCUGGAACCUCGGCUGGCAUGCUGGUGUUCAACCCGAUCACAUAUAAGCUCGUGUCAGAUGUGGGAUGGCGUAACACUUUGAGAAUAAGUGGCUUUAUUCUUCUUGUCGUUGGCUAUGCUGCAAGCGCAACUUUCUCCAAACCUGUCAAGGAAUCUCUUGAAUUAAAACAACCUGCUGAAAACCCAGAAACAAAAGCUUCUCUUCUCAAAACAACGAACGCAACUUGUAAAAAUGCCAUCUCCAUGGGCCCUAAGAAGUCUUCGAACAUAUCUUACGUAAACAAACUUUCAAGAAAUCCUUACGACUUGUUGCUAUUUCCUGAAUUUUGGAUGAUGUUCUUUGGAAUAGUUAUUUCAGCAAUGUCCACAUCUCUUUUCUUUUUUUAUUGGGUAAAAUUGCUAUUGACGAUGGGGUUUGAUGAAUCGAUAGCUGCGUUUGCCACGACCGCUGUUGGAGCUUCAGACUUAGCGGGAAAACUAAUUAUUUCAUUAAUAGCAGAUUACAUUCCGUUCCCGAGGCUCUUUCUCUUCCACAUCGCAUCUCUUAGUGGGAUUGGACUCAUGUUUACAUUAAUGUACAUCAAAUCUGUUGUAGCGGUUUUCAUAACUUCAAUCGGCAUUGGUAUGCUGGUAUUAUCUCUAAUCAACACGUCACCAUACACAUCGACAUUUCAAGUCUUCCCAGGUCGAGGUGCUAAACCUAUGACAACUUCAAUCAUCGCUGUUGGAAUAGGUAUUAUUCUGGGUACAGUUUACGGAACCAGUGCAGACCUAACUGGAUCAUUCGAUGGAACCUUGUAUAGCUGUAUUGGAGCAUAUUGUUUGGCCAUUAUACUAUUCUCUUCUGUACCGUUAUACCAGAAGAACUUCGCAAUUGAAAGAUACGUCAUGUGGGACUAUGUCUACAGAUACCGAUGGACCCAAAGGGCCCAGAAGACGAAUCCAAACUUAGAAACCAGAAAACAUUUUGAUUCACCUAAAAUGAUAUGCUAGGCAGAAAUUUGAUGUCGUCUCCUUUGUAACAUCGAUAAAAUAUACACAUAGAGAACACAUAUGUCUAUGGACUGAUCAGGCCCCAGUUUAUAUGAAAAUCAAGCGGACAUUAUCAAAAUCCCAAAAUCAGUUUCUCCUCAGGUAAGAACAUCACUAUAUCAUAGCCAUCGGGUCAGAUAGUAGCAAUUCCUGGUGUUAUAUAAUUUUGCCUGAUCCCCCCCCCCCCCCCAACUCCGGGGUCGAAGGAAACUCAUGCAUGUUCUCAAAUAUAUGUUCGGUGAAGGGGUACUUUUUCGCGGGACAAAUCCGGCCCGCGAAUUGUAAGGUCUCUCUCUCUCUUAAUUUUUGGACUCCUGAGAAAUUUAAAAAGGGGGUUAUAAAAUAUAUUAAAUAUAGAAAAUAUGAUCAAAGUCCGGGAUCAAAUUCCUGAAAUUCCUGCUAGUUUUGAAAGCUUGUCCUCCAUCAUGACAUCAGGGAACCUCUAUUGUAAUGACAGCUUACCCGAGAUGAAGGGGUUGUCUGUCCAAAGAUAUGGGGUUGGAAUGAAAGCUCAUCUUAGAUAGGGGGUACAUUGAGGCUUUGAGCAGUGUUCCGGAUUUUGGGGGGUCUCCAAGCCAGGAAGAGCCCGUGAAGGGGGGGGUCAGAAAUAUUGGCAGACAUGAGAUAGGGAGCGCUUUCAAAGGGAGGGAACGAGCAUAGGCGUACCCCAAAUAACAUUGAGGGGUGGGGCUUAAUUCCGUACGCAUAAAAAUGAGCGAGCAAGAAA